CGGGGAGUAGCGACAACGACAGGCAACAUGCCGUCGUCAGCAAUAAAUAAAACAGCACGCAGUGUUGCCAAUACGAUCCAAUUGCUGGCAAUCGUUCUCUAUUGCUGUUGUCUGGUGCAUGGACAACAGCAACAACAGCAGCAACAACAGCAGCAGCAACAGCAGCAGCAACAACAGCAGCAGCAACAGCAGCAACAACAGCAGCAACAGCAGCAGCAACAACAGCAGCAACAACAGCAGCAGCAGCAGCAACACCAACAACCACAGCAACACUUGAAGUACCAGCAACUGCAAUAUCAAAUGCAGCAGCAAUAUGAAUACCAGCAGCAGCAGCACUACCAGCAGCAGUUCCAGCAGCAACAGCAACAGCAGCAACAUCUGACACCCACGGCAACACUUGGCCACCAGCAGCAGCAGCAGCAACACGAUGAGCAAAUCGACUUGCUGUCCACUCAGCCAACUCAGCUGCUGCAGACGGGUGUUUCCCUGAUUGUGGAGGAUCCAAAGGGCUCCGGCGAUGGGAGUGGCAGUGGCAAUGGCAAUGGCAGUGGUGUCCCAUCCAAUCGCCGGCGCACCGCUCAGCUGGCCACUCGCAAACGGAAGCGUCGCCCCCAACUUCCGCUGGCCACGAUGGGGGCCACGGAGGAGGAUUCGGGUCCGGAUGCCACCGCCGCCUACUGGCGUGGCCAUGUGGAGGACGAUGCAGAUGCUUUGCGAAGGCGCAAGCAGCCUUUAGUGAGGGAACCAAUGGCAGCCCUCGAACGGGAUCGGGAUCGGGAAAGGGAGAAGCAGCGCCAGCGGGUGGAGCCCACGGAUGCCAGUCCGCAGGGCAGUAAUCCCAGCAAGGCCUACCGUCGUCCGUAUGGCCAGGCCAAGAAGGAACCAUCGGCGGAUGCGGGCGAAGCAGCGCCGACCAAGACGGCCGUGGAUCUCAAGAAUAUACUGAAGAAUUCCGGCGGCCUGAGUCUCAGUGAAAUCCUGCAGCAGAAGAAUCUCUCGUUGGACGAUCUGCUCAAGGGCAAACAGAAUGCCCUGCUGGCACUACAGACCACAGCGGUUGCCCCAGCAGCAGCCGCCACCUACUCCUCCUCCUCCUCCGCAUCCACCGCCGCUCGAGGGGAUUCACCGAAAAAGGCCACCGGUCAACAGAAUAAACAGGGCGUACGGCGAUUGCCCGCUGCCUAUACCACCACUAGCACCACUGGCCACGAGGAGGGGGGUGAGUCCUCCUCCUCGAUCGCCUCCUCCAAAAGCAAGGCCAAGUUCCCCAGCGCCCUGCAGCGUUUGAAGCUCUUUGGCAGCUCUUCGCGGGAGAGCAGCACCACAAGACGGAUUCUGGGGGGAGGCAAUGGAGGCUACAGCAGCACCACCAUGGCCACCAGCACCACGGCAGGUGGUGGCACCACCACCAGCACCACCCGCGUGCCACUCUACAAGAAGCGGCAGCACUUGCGGUCCACCCUAAGGCCCUUUAAGCCGAUAACUAGCACCACUAGUACCACUAGCACCACUAGCACCACUGCAGCGGCGGUGACCACCACUCAGGAGGUGGAGACGAGCACGGCCUACUCCACCACCACGGUGGUGAGUAACUUGGAGGAAGGCCAGGAGGAGGAGAACUCAGAGGAGGUGGAAAGGGAGAGGGAGAGGGAAAGGGAGGAGGAGCAGGAGGCGGAAGAAAGGCCAAAGAACGAGGAGCAGGAACAGGACCAGAACCAUGAAAAUCAGGACAACCAGGAGCCGGAGGAACCCGAAGAGCACAUCGAUUCCAGUGAAGCCGAGUCGGAAGAGGGCAAUUCACAUACGGAGCCACCAGCAGCACCACCUGCUCCCUCUCCCUCUCCUUCCCUGCCACCCGGUAAUCCCCGAUAUCGCUUGAGAAACUCCAGCAUUAAGGAGAUCCAGAAGCGCCUCAAGGACAACUUCAUUGGCGGGAAUGUGGUGGAGAGUGGUGAGGAGGUGGAUCUGGCCGGCAGUGGUCCCAGUUCCACGACAUCAGCCACGCCCUCGAAUAAAAGUAACGAGGAACUCAGUUACGGAGACGACGAGCUGGAGAACUUCUUCGACGAAGUGGAGAGCCAUACGCACCACACGCGAGUGCCGGCACCACCACCACCAGCCCUGGCACCACCGGCAAGGUUACCCACUCCCGAAGCACCACCAUCACCACCCACCUAUCCCUCCUUCGAACCACCCCCCUACCAUGCAGCACCACCCACUUUAUCGGCGGGCAAACCAGCACAAUUGAAUAUUAUAGACGAUGUGGACGAUCGGACGGAUUUGCUGGAGCUGAUCGAGGAUCGGCGAUCGGGCAAUCGGCUGUUCAAGGUCCUCGAGCAGCGCAACAUGACGCUGGAGGAGUUGAUCGAGCACCGGAAACGGGGCUCCAGCCAACUGCAUCUGUCCACCAUUGUGAGCGGCGGCGACGAGCACUCCCGGCUGUAUCCUGGCCAGAAGGUCCUGCUGCAGGACAACAUGGACAUCGUGACCGCCUUCGAGAACUUCCCGCACUUCAAUCUAAUGGACCUGAAGAGCGUGAAGCCGGAUGAGAUCAAGACGGACUCGCAGGGCUCCAGCUACUUCACGUCCAUUAUCGAUAUUGAGCCGAAUGACGAGGUCAAGCCCAUUGGAAAUCGAGGUCCCGCCUACGCGCAGACAUCCUCCUCAUCGGCGACCAUUGGAGCGGGCACGGGAACGAUAUCCAUUAAUUCGCGUGGCGAGAAGUCGCUGGGCUUCUUCCCCUCGUGGAAGACCCUGGCUUUAGCCUCCUUGGCCACGGCCACCGAGGAGCGGAAUCCCUACUUCCUGCCGCCGCCACGACUGCUGCUCGACGGGAGUUCGCAGGAGAUGGACUCGAAUCCGGAGGCGGAGGCGGAGGUCGGCGGUGAGCCCACCAGCAUCGACAUCGACCUGAGUGUGAGUCCCUACGGUGGCGGUGGCAACUCCUCCUCGAUGGUGGACAACAGUCGGCUGCCGCCGAACAACGAUGUGAUCGAUGAGAUCGAGAAUGAGGUGGCGCGGGCCCAUGACCUCAUGGAUCUGGAGCUAUCCGGUCCCGGUUUCCAUCGCAGUCCGGCGGCAGCGGCGGCCACGUCCGCCGUAUCGCAACAGCACUUGGGCAGUCUGUAUGCCAGCAUGCCGUCGGGCCUCAAGUCGGCGAUUGUGGCCAGCACGGCGAUUGUGAUCACGGCCCUGGCCACUUUCCUGGUCAUCUUCGUGGUCUGCCGAUGGAAACAGCAGCGGAGGCGGAAGAGCAGCUACCUAAGGACCUACAAUGCGAUGAAGAGCAAGCUGCCGCAGAUGGUGCAGCCAUCGCGUCGCUCCUCGAUGCGUCACCACAUGGAGGAGCUGGUCAUUGGAUCUGGAUCUGGGUCGGGAUCGGGAUCGGGAACGGGAUCUGGAAAGGGAUCGGGAUCGGGAGCGGGCAUUGCCAGCAUCUCCACGUCGGUGGCUUGUUGCACGCCCGUCCAUCAGCUGCAGCGCCAGAGUUCCCUACUCUUUGGUCGCGAUGGAUCGGCCACAUUGAGCACUGCCACCUCGCUGACCACGAAUACCACCACAAACAGCAACAUUCCGACGGGGGCGACACCACCUGCUGCUCCGCCGGAGGCGUUGAGUGGGCGUGGCCUGGCCAUUUCGCUGAGAAGUGCCCACCAGAAACUGAACACCAUGGAUCCAAAUUCGCCGGAGGUGCAGGAAUAUCUCUUCGACACGCUGCGCAAAUCCUUUGACAAUUAAGCAAUAGGCAAUUGUAACAAUAGACCGUUGUUUAGGCCAAGUUUUAUAUAAAUAUACACGUAACACACACACACACACACUCAAACACACACACUCAACGCGAAGGAGCAAAAGUUAGUCGAUUAAUUAGUUUAAGCAGGUAGGAGGUGGAAUUUUUUUGAGCUCGAUUAGAGGAACAUUCUGUGAGAGAAAGUAAAACUAACAAAAAAAAAAUAAAAAACCUAGAAAACACAUUUAAACAGUGCAUGGCAUGGCCAUAAGGUAGUUUGAAAAAAGGUUAACAAUAUUGAAAUGAUUACGACUUUUAUUUAUAUGAAAAAAUAAUGUCUAAAUUUAAAUAUUUGGUUACAUGAUAAAUAUCAUUGAAAUUUUAAAACCUAUUAUUUUCGGUCAUGUUUAGUUCAUUGAUUUUAAUGAUAUAAUUUUUAUAUAAAAUGUAUUAUAAUAAAAAUAAAUUGAGUUUACAAAGGUAUAUUUAGCGUCUAUAAAAGCAGAAAAAACAUAAAGCUGAAUUAAUUAUUAUAACGUAAAUUAUUUUUUUUACAAAAAAUAUACAAUUUUGAACAUUUAUUGAAAGCAUGUCUAAACAACUAAACUUUAAACCGCCCUACGUUUAUGCCGCGCACUGUUGCUAGUCCCUAAGCUCGGCAAACUAUCGUUUCCAACUAUCUAGAUUUAAUGUAUGAGUAUAAACCGUCAACUAAAGCGACUCUUUCAACUAAAUUAUAGGACACGGCAUACAAAUGGGUUUCUUAAGCACGAGAUAAAAACGAAAACUAACUUACACGAUGAGAAGAACCGAAUCUUAGCCAAAAAGAACACAUGUGUUUUAGACACUCCCCCGAAAAGCCCAAAUCGAAUAUAUAUUGAAAUUCGAGAGAGAACAAGUAAACCAUUUAUGAGGACAAUAAAUAUUAAUGAGAGAAAAACGAGAAAAAAAAAGAGGAAAACUGCGAUCGAGACGAUUUUACAAAAGCAAAUUUCUUUCUGGCACUGACUAAAAUACCAAAAUUUAAUUCAAAUUGGAUCAAGGCAAAGCAUAGAUGGGCGCUAGAUGGGCGUGGUCAUUAGCACAACAACACAAGCAACCACAUCAAAAAAAAAAAAAAACAACAACAAUGACAACACUAAUAGAUUAAAUGUUCAAAUGCACUGCAAAAAGCAAAAGGAAAAUAGAAAAAAUACUUGUAUUUAUUUUGUAGAGCAGACACUUUAUUUUUGAUUUUGAUUUGAUUUUAUUUCAUUUGAUUUCCUUACCACCCCCGCCCC